CCAGUAAAGGCACUCGGAGGCCAUUAUCCUGCAACCAUUUUCUUUUCUUUCAUACCUAGAUCAACAACCAUUUCAAUACGUUCAUAAUCUAUGCAAGUUGAUUAAGCGCUUGUUGGACACGUGCAGAUUUAUUGAGCGCGAGGGACGUGCACAUCUCCACUCUAACCCUUCGGUUAAUUUCGGCUGGAUUCGUGCGCCGCUGUUUUGAAAUGGACGCGACUGAACCGGAGAGCGCGUCUGCGGGAGCGGCUGUAGGUUCGGAUACCGAAUCAGAGGCCGAAGUCACCACGAUGACUGUGAUGGCAGACGCGGAAAACAUCGACAUUGCCGAAUCUCUGCCGAACCCGGACGAUGCCGAAACGGCGUUUGCGGAGGUCACAGCAGUCACUGUUGGCGAUGUUCAAAGCACAGAUGACACUGUAUUCACAUCCACAGUCGCCACGGCAGCAUCCAUCCCUGAACACGUGCUCACUGGCAGAACCACACUUCAGAUCGCAGACAGUUUGAGUUCACAGAAGGCCACAUUGAUUGUAGUGCACACAGAUGGGAGUAUUGUGGACGCCACAGGACUGAAGAGCACCGCAACACCAAUGACUCCUGGUCCUCAGACCCCUCUGUCAUCUAGACAUGAUAAGGACGUUUCUAAGUAUAACUGGGAUCCAUCAGUUUACGAGAAUGAGCUUCCCGUGCGCUGCCGGAACACAAGUGGAGUUCUCUACAAAAACAGACUGGGCUCAGGAGGCAAAGGUCGCUGCAUCAAACACAACAAUAACUGGUACACUCCGACAGAGUUUGAGGGAAUGUCGGGUAGAGCGAGCAGCAAAGACUGGAAGAGAAGCAUCCGCUAUGCAGGCCGACCUCUACAGUGUCUCAUUCAGGAGCGUAUUCUGGUCCCUCAUGCAGCGUCUUGUACCUGUGCGGCCUGCUGUGAUGAUCUGUCUACAUGUACCAAGGAUGGAUCUUUUGAAGGGGAGAACAUCACCAUGACGGGCCCCGUCAGACUGUUUGUUCCUUAUAAAAGAAGGAAGAAAGACUGUGAUCGGCCAGCAUCUCCUGAGAAGAAAGAUGUUCAGACAGCAAAGAACAUCACUCUGGCUCCUGGAGCAACGUUUACAAUGACUCCGUCCGGACAGAUCACCACAUCAGGCACGCUGACCUUUGACCGAACGCCGACAGGGGAGACCGCGGCCAUCAUCUCCGACAGCCCUGCGCCUGCUGACGUCUUCACUAAUACAGCUGUGUUGACGACGCUCCCUGCACUGGCGGUGGUCCCUCAGCAAGCGGUGGUGCAGUCUAAACCUCCACCAGUGGGGGCGCUGAUGAACGGGUUGGAGACAGGAGAGCAGCUUUCGUGGAUUUACCUGGAGGAGAUGGCCAAUACGCUGCUCUGUAACGUCCAACAACUCAAAGUCCUGAUUGCACAAGCCAAACAGGCCAGUCAGAAUGGACCACAAGCCACCAUCAACCCAGAGAAGAACAGCAGCACCAGGAAAGAGUCAGAUCAAGCAUCAAAGAUGUGGUCAAUGAGGGUCAGCAUCCAGAAGUCUUUUCAGAGUCAACUGUCACUCAGUGAAGAACCUGAUGGCAAAAUCACUGAAAUUAUUAUUAAGCACAUAUGCGUGAACUGCGGCCGAGAGGCAUCGAGUGAAUGCACGGGUUGCCACAAAGUCCAUUACUGCUCUGGGUUCUGUCAGCGGAAGGAUUGGAAAGAGCAUCAGUUGAGCUGCUGCCAGCCGAGCGUGGCCGUCAGCAUCCAGGAAGAAACUCCAAUAGCUGGUCUGGAAGUGGAGAAAGGGAAGGCAUAGUGCUUCAUACCACUGUAUUCCAUCCCCCAAUGCGCACUGUAUGAAGUUUAGAUCGUUGAUUCUUUCCGUGCAUGUAUUUUAGUUUAGCGAUAAAGCCGCAUAGUAGCAGCUUCCCCCCUCGAACCUCGUACUACAGGUUCUGUCAGUGACAGCGAUCCUUAAAGGAAAAGUCCUAAAAUGAAAAUGCUGUCAUCAUUUACUCACCCUCAUCUUGUUCUUGUAUGACUUUCUUUUGUAGAAUACAAAAGGAGAUCUUUCGAAGAAUGUUAAUGCUGCUCUUUUCCAUUGCAAUGAAAGUAAAUGUGGAGUACGGCCCUUAAGCUCCAAAAAGGACAAAAACUGCACCAUUUAAGUAUAAUAGAAGUAUUCCAUAUGACUUAUACACUAUAUUCCAAGUCUUCUGAAGCCACACGGUAACUUUGUUUGAGGAAAGGACCAAAAAAGUCACUACAGUAUGGCUUCAGAAGACUUGAAAUAUAGUCAUAAGGACUACUUUUAUGGUGUUUUUUUUAGAGCUUGACUGCCCCUGGUCACAUUAUCAUUUUAUUUUAUGGAAAAGAGCAGCUCAAAGAUUUUUCGAAAUAUUUUGUAUCCCGCUGAAGAGAAAAAAAGUCAUACGGGUUUGGAACUACAUGAGUGUGAGUAAAUGAUGACAGAAUUUUCAUUUCUGGUGUGAACUAUUCCUUUAAUUGGACCGUGCUAUAAUUUCAGAAACUCAUUCUAAUGAAGGACUACAUUUUAACAGUGUUUUUGAAACAAAACAGAAAUAAAUGGAUAAAAUCUGA